AUGGAACAGGCUAUCGUAGAAGAUGAAUAUCCUUAUGUAUUAGAAUGUGAGAAAUAUUACGAAAUUAUAGUAAAAAACAUUGGUAGAAAAUGGUUGGCUCUUGGUAAUGAAGUAUGCAAAGAUCAUGCAACAUAUUGCUAUGAAGUUAUGGAUAGCUUUUACACUUUUGAGUCAAGAGCAUCCUAUAUGUUAUAUUACGGCAAAGUCGUGAACAAAACUUUUAAAGAGCUAUUAGAAAUUAUGAUCAAAAUAGGCUGCCGGGAUAUUGCUGAACAAUUACAAUACUUAUUGCAACACAUACCCAUAAUCUCCAAUCAUCACAACGUUCUCUACAAAGAAUUUACUAAGAAUAUUGGUAAACAAUUGAAGAGAAUUGAUCAAGAUGGAGGUCAUAUCUUAAUACAUGGAGGUGUUGGAAGUGGAAACAUUUCGGACUUUCAGCUGUUUCUCAAAUUGAACCAUUUACUAUUGGACUUGGAAUGGGGCGAGGAUAAUUUACCGGAUGAUCUGGAAACCUUCAAGAAGAAAGUGCAAUAUUUCCAUAAAGGUAUAGAAAACUGCAACACGUUAUUCAUAUUUGAUGAUAUCCGCAAAGAACAUCAUUAUGAAUUCUUGGAUUUUGUUAAGAAAUCGAUCGUCACAUCACAAUACUCAAAACCUCAAAACAUGGAUAAAUAUGAAUAUUAUAAAAUGCCGGAACAAUUUACAUUCGAUAAUGCAUUACAAGUAUUAGCCCAACAUCAAAACGACAGCAAUCUACCAAAGUCACGUCAAAACCGGGAAAUUUCUAGGGUUAUCGAAGUUUGCAAAAAUCAUCCUUCGGCAAUCGAUAUCAUUAGUGGUCUACAUUUAAGGAACGUUAAAGAUUGGCAACAAGUUGCCUCUAUAAUCGACAAUCAAGCACAAAAUAAUGAAUCAAGCACAACCGACUUCAAAUUCCAUCGAAUUUUCGAUUUAAGUAUCCAACAGUUGGAUAAAAAUGAUCGCCACUUAUUUCGCUCACUUGGAGCAUUUAAAAAACUUCCAAUACCGAUUGAUUCUAUCCAAUCUUUAUGGAAGUGCAGCCAAUCCGAAACAGUCUCAUUAUUAAAGAAAUUCCAUCAGAAAUCUCUUCUACGAUAUAGAGAAGAAAACAGUUAUUCAUCAAGCUGCUGUAUUCUUACCGAAGUUAUGGUAGACUUUCUGCAACAGCCAUUACAAUCAGAUCAAUCAAUUUCAGAUUAUAAUAAAAUACUCAAUCAAGCACUAAUCCAUGGUUAUGCUCAUCGAUGUGAAAGGAAGUGGUUUACGCAUCCGGAUGACGGCUAUUUCUAUCAAUAUCUUAUAUUUCAUGUUGUGCAAGCAGAAGAUGUAGUGUCUUUAGAGGAAAUUGUUCGUGAUUUUGAUUGGAUAACCAAUAAACUUAGGUCGUGUAAAUUGGCCAAGGAACUUUAUUCAGAUCUUCAAAAAUGCUUGGAUUAUUUUUAUUUUAAUGGAGAAAUAGAGAAAUGGUUCAAUAUUCAAGAAUUGUACCAGUUACUAAAUACAAAUGCACCUUACUUGCAUAUUAAGACAAUGGAUAUAGUACAAUUUUUACUAAUAAGCAACAGAAAAGACAACUGGAUUAACAAACAAGCCAUGAAGUUAGCUGAACUAAAUGGGAAAAAUCAAGAUAAUGAUUAUUGGAAAGCCACAGGGUGGAAAAUUACUGGUAAUAACAAUGAAAUCAAGCAGACAGACUGUAAAUGGAUAGAUCGAAAAAUAAUUCAUACUGGACAUAGAUCUAUUAUUGACAGUAGCAAUACUCGGGACAUUAUCAACUGCUCUAGUCCAAAAUAUGGUGAUUUAAGGAUUGUCCAUGCCAACACGAUUGAUUUAAAACAAUAUUCCAUUACGGUCCGCCACUAUCUUUCUUCGAAAAUUAUUCUUGAAAUAACUCCCGCUAAUCAUGCAAUUCAAAGUACAAAAAUUUCUGCAAAUGGAUCUUUGAUAGCUUAUGCCUACGCUGAUGUUCAGAUUUCUGAUGCUCUCGGAGUGUUUUAG